GCCCGAUGAGCAUGGUUCGUAGUCGCGGCUGCUCGAAAAUCGAAUAAGAAACGCCGACAAUGUUGUUUGCCAUUUUCACACGCGAAUAAUUUCGAAUUGCGAAUUUUGUUUUUGCAAACCGUGAAAAUGUCAUCGAAGCAUUGGAAAAUAGUGCAAGAAGUUGCAUUUUAAACAAUUUUAAUACGAAACUCUUUCAACAGUCAACGAACUUGUCAUCGCAGAAAGAGACGGAAAACCACAGAGAGAAAGAGAGGGACAGCGUCUCUUCUCCGCCUCUGAAAAUUUGCAUAGAGAAACACGACACGGCAUCAGGAUGUCGCACGAAACAGCAGCAGCAGUGCCAGGAGGAGCAGGAGCAUCGGCGGGCUCGAUAGUGUCCUGUGCGGAGAAUGCCUCGAAGGUGGAGGUCAUCGUGUACACCACCAAGUCAGAUAAGACGCUCAAACAGAAUAUGAAUGCCAAGGAUGAUACGCUUAGGAAGCGUACUUCCUUGAUCAUAGUGCCGCAGCAGGUGCACGACAUCGAAGUGGAGGAUGAGGACACCAAGAAGGAGGACCAGACAAAGGCCAGGGAGAAUCCGAAUCGUAACUCGACGGCCAGCAUGGAUAGCUGCGUCUCCAAUACGACCAGUCAGAGCAAUCAGUCGAGUGGCUCCUCCUCCUCGACGACCAGCAGUAGUGGCAGUAGCAGUGGCUCCGAGGACGCCCAUGCCGCCUAUCAGGACUUGCAGAAUGGCAAUGCUGGCCAGGAUUUGCACUCGCCAUCGCCGGUGCCCAGAUGCCAUUCAUCCAGCUCGACAUCCUCCGUCUCGGAGUCCACUUCAUGCUCCAGCUCAGCGGAUUACUCAUUAAGAGAGCAGCUCAAGAAUUUCGCUAAUAGGAAUUCCGAGGGCGGUGGCACCGUUGAGUCCACUGCCCGCCUGAUCAAGGGCAUGAGUCUUCCGGUGGGCGAUCAGUCGGUCCAGUCGGUGGCUCCUGCCCUCUGCGAUUCGCUACUCAGUCCACAGGAGGUUCCAUUGGGACGACGCUACGCCGAGGUGGCGCAGUUCAAAGGUCAUUCAAAAGCAAGAACAAGUGAACCCAUUCCCUCUGGCGUAGCCACGCCCUCUUCCCUGGAUGCCGCCUCUGUGGAUGGCGGUAAAUCCCACACGGGCAACAAUAACAAUAUAAACCACAAUCACAAUGGCCAACAGUCACAAAAAUCUCAGCAACAGGCGGGUCUCGCCGCCAAACUGAAUGUCCUGGCGCAGUCCAAUCUCAACAACAAUAACACGACCAGUCAGCCAGUAUCCAUGACGCCAGCCACAAAUCGAACGGGACUGGACUCGAAUCAAAAUCAGAAGCAAAAUCUGAAUGCAGAUAGCCGGCGCAGCAGCAGCGUCGAUCCGGAUGCGGAUGUGGAUGAUGUCGUGGACGCGUCGCAUGGUGGCGCCUUCGAGGAUGACAUGCAGGCCCUGCUGCCCAAGUGCUCGCGUCGCUCCCGGGAUGAACUCAGUCAGUCACGCACAUCUCUGGUGUCCAGUUUGGAGGGCGGCAUCCUGGCGGAGGGCGAGACAUCCAGCGAGGACGACGAGGAGGAGCCCGUGGAGGCGGAGGACGAGGGCGAGGAGAGCAGCCGCGAUUCCAGCGACAAUUCGCCGCCAUGCGAUCUGGGACUCAUGGAGCGCCUCCUGGUCACCCAUCCGAUGUGGUUCCUGCCGGGCAUCCAGCGUUCCGGGGCCGUUCAUCUGCUCCAGGGCAAGGAGGAAGGGACCUUCAUAGUGCGUGGUUCCAGCCAGCCGAAUACAAUGGCCGUUUCAGUGAGAUUGCCCCAGGAUACGGGGCCUUACAUCGAGCAUUAUCUCAUCCAGUCGCACGAUAAUGUCCUGAGCUUGGAGAGCUCGAGAUUCACGUUUGGAUCGAUACCCUCGCUAAUUGCCCACUAUGCCCAAUGUUGCGAUGAGUUGCCGGUGCAGUUGAUGUUGCCACGUGUCCUCCGUGAGGCGAACAAUCGAAAGAAGCUGAGUUCGCUGGCCCUGUUGGGUCAGGAGUUCUGGAGCUAUGUGAGUAGUCCGGCUCUCUUGGGUCCAACAACGCCAUCGGUGGCUCCGUCAAAGGAUCAGCACUUGCUGGAUGCCAAAUCGCCGCUCUCACUAACGGAAACCAGUGGUCUUGGCACUGCCACCUUCUUUAGCGAUGCCCUGUCCAAGCCACCGCCCACAGGAGCACCGCCACUGCCGGGUGGUGGUCUCUUCAGUCCCACCGGAAGUGGUCAAUUGCUGGGCUUCUUUAGCCAGGCGGGCACUCCAUCCGAUACGACGAACUCGAGCCUUAGCUCCUUCACCACCAGCGGAGGUCAGCACAUGCAGCUGCUGAGUCCGAAUUCUGUAGAUUCGGUGAUACUCACCAUGUCGCCAGUGGACAAUCCGGGGCAUUAUUUGCCCGGUUCGACGGGUGCUCCCAUGGCACCUUUAUGCCCAUCGGUUGUGGACCAACAGCUGAGCACCUUUAAAGUGGCCCAAACUGCGCCGGAAGUGGAUCAAGUGCGUCCACAGCGACCGAAGCCACCAAAUACGCUGAAUCUCAAGCCGCCGGCACCACCACUGCGUUGGUCAAAGCCCCAUUCUCCUGACCAGAAUGGAAGUGCCAAUGGCAAUUUUACGGUAACCACCACGGUUACCUUCUCGAUGGAGAACGGAGGUGGCGGCGGCAAUGGACCGACGGUUGGUAAUGGAAAUGGCAAAUUCGUGGAGGUUACUACGCCGGCGGCCAGUAAUCCCUUUAAUGCCCUACUCAACGGCCAGGCUAGCACUUUUCAGACAUUCGCCAAGCGAUUGUCGCCGGAGGGCGAGUGCAAGGACACGCUGUCCUCGCAGGGAUCCUCCUCCAACGAUGGUCGCUGGCCGCCGCCGGCCCGCAAGUUGCUCACCUCACCCAUGACCCCGCUGACGCCCAGUGGCGGCAGCAGCAGCAGCGGCGGCAAAUCCCGAAAGUCGCGAGCGGGCAAGGAGUCGCAGCACUACAAGGAGUCGGACAUCCUCGAGAGUCCGCCGAUGCAGUACUGCGCCAGUGCGCUAAGCGACAAGAUCAGCGACUACGAGGACGUCUGGUCGCACGAUCCCAGCGAUCGCGCCAGUCUGCUGACCAGUUUCCGCCCGGCAUUGGACACGGCGGGCGGCGUGAUGAACCGACGACCAGAUCUGCUGGCCGAGACUCCGAGCACUCCCACACCGACGCAGCAAUCUCACCUAACGCCCUGCGAGGAGGAAACCACUGCCACAGCCAACGAAUCCUCCAGCCAAUCUCUGCUUCAGUUCUCCGGCGAUGUGCCAGCUCGCUCUCGAGCAGGCCUGCUCUUGCCAAAUCUUUCGGGACAGGUGCCCCCUGUGGCCAUGACCCAAUCCAUGACGGCGGCUGAGGACGAUGGUGGUGAUACGACGCCCACGGCCGAAGGACAAGCCAACGGAGCCAGUCGCAGCAAGCAGGGCAGUCCGUUUUAUGCGGAACCAGCGGAUGCACUGCGUCAGGCGGGCCUGACCAGCGCAGCCACGGCCAUCUUGCGUCGCCAGCAUCGCAGUCAAAUGUUACACGCCAGCCAAAGACACUCGGAACCACUCAAAGCGGGCUUCGGAGGAUCCGGCAAUGGUGCAAUGCUGCAGCCCAGCGAUCUGGAGAAGCUAGCUGGCAGCCUGGACGAACUGAAGCCCAAACCGAAGGUUUCCCAGCAGCAACAGCAACAGCAGCCCACCAAGCGGGCACGCAAUCGCAUCGAUCACUGGCAAUUGGACAGCAGUUGGGAGUUUAUGGCCAAGCAGGAUACGGGCAGUCAUGCUGGCGGGGAUUACGAUACGGCAGCCAUCGAUUGGCAGGAGAAGGAGAAUUCGCUGGGCCGUGCAGAUGGGCAGGGAAAGAAGCGGACGCUGACCAUCCAUCAGAUCAUUGCCAAUCGAUUGCCCGACCUCAAUCUGCCAGAGCUGGUACGUUGCUCAACGCCCCCGCAAACGGCCGCCCUGCAGCCGCAUGUCCUGGGACAGGAUAAGGUCGGACUCGGAUGCGAUGGCAGCCAUAAGUCAUUCCAGAGCCAGAUCGGUUGCCGUCUCUCCUCCUACGACAACGUCUUCAGCCAGAACUCGUUCGGAGGCAUCGAUUCGGCGCAGUCCGACGAUGGCACCAUUUUCUCGGAGCCCUGGGACUCUUCCCAAUGGGACACCUUCCUGCCCCACGAUGACGCCACCAUCAAUUCGGACACCAUCCAUCUGUCCAAGUGUCGACCCGCUCUCUCAGAGGACGACACUAUUAUCGAGGAACUACAAAGCACCAAAGACGGCAGCAAUGGCAGCUGCAACCAGGACACACUCAAGGCGAACAGGAAUGGUGCUGGACACCACAAGCCCAACAACACCGGCAAUGGCAAGGCCAAUAGUCGACCCAAAGUGGCCACAAUUCUGCGGAACCCCAGCAUGCGGGAUCGUGAAGUCUUAUGUCACCCCCGCAACAAGAUGAGCAUUCAGAGCUGCGGUCCCGGCGAUUCUUUGAGGGCAUACACCCUUCAAUUGGCCCAGGAUCCCAGCUCGACGUUUGCCCGCAACAUUGAGAACUUCAUUUGCUGCACCAAGGAGUCCCGGGAGGCGGCACCCCAGGUGGUGAUGCGAAAUAUGCGCCAGUUCAUGAGCGGCAUGAAGAACUAUCUGGUGAAGCAUGGCGAGGGCAAGUUCCAUGCGGAACUGGAGACGGCCAGGGCGCGACUCAAGUCGGAUGAGUUCCUCAACCUGGACGCCAUGCUGGAGACGGUAAUGCACCAGUUGGUGGUGCUGCCGUUGCGGGAGCACCUCUAUGGCAUUUUCGUCGAUCACUAUCAGCGCAGCGAGGAUAUCCAAUUGCUAGCGCAGAAUGUGCGCUACGCUUGCGAACGGGAGGCUGCCGACUUUGGCAUCAGGCCCACGGUAACGCCGCCAUCACAGGCUGCCCUGCGGCUCAUCGCUAAUCUGCUGUGGCGUCUCCAGGAGGCCGAGUUGCCGCUCGACAAGUUGGAGCUCUUCCUGUGCGUCAUCUCGACGGUAUUUGACGCCACCGGCUGUCCGCGUGGCCAGCAGCUGGGCGCCGACGACUUCCUGCCCGUACUGGUCUAUGUGGUGGCCAAGUGCGGAUUUGUGGGCGCCGAGAUCGAGGCGGAGUUCAUGUGGGGCCUCCUCCAGCCGACGCUGCUUAACGGGGAGCCGGGCUACUACCUGACCGCCCUCUGCAGCGCUGUCCAGGUGCUCAAGACCUUCAUGGCGUCCGAAGGGGAAAGCGGCAGCGGAUCCCUGGACUGGCGCUCCAGCUGCCUACCCGCCUGCUCCAGCGUACUGCGCGUGAUCAUACCGGACGAGUGCAACGGAUCCCUACAGACGAGGACACUUCCGGUGCGACCACACACCACCACCCGUGAGGUGUGCCGCAUCAUUGCGCACAAGGCGCGCAUCACAAAUCCACAGGACUACGCGCUCUUUAAGCUGGUCGAUGGCGAGGAGACACUGCUGACGGACGCAGAGUGUCCGCAGGAUGCCCGAUUGGCGGCCAAGGGAAAGCAUUGCAUGCUGGCCUACAAGCGGAUCGAUGCCAAAAUCGCCUGGCCGACUGCCCAGCUGGCAGGACACUGAAUCAUCAGCUCGGGGAUGCGCCCGAUGCACACAUACGACAUACCGCCCCGCCCGCUCAGCCCUUCUUGCUCACUAACCAAGCAUAUUUGAUUAAUAAUUUAUUAUUAUUACAUUAAAAUAUACUUAGUAGCCUGUAAGUAAAGCUAAUUAAUGCUAAUUAGAAAACAUCUAAUGUGUACUAAACAUCAGUAUUGAGUUAAGUGUGUUUUUUUUCCUGACCCACGGGUCAAGCCCCCUUUUUUUUGCUAAUAAAUGUACUAUGCGAAUACAUAUACACAUAUAUACGAUAUAUAAACUUUUAGCAAGUAGAGUUGCAAUUACUGCACAAUGAAAGCGAUGGAGUCAUCUAAACGAAUCUACACUCUAAACAUAUAUGCAAACACGAGCAUGCCAUCUGGGCGUAUAUUCCAUUUGGUGUGGAUCGUGUGUGCCACCCUGGAGACCAAAAGCACAGUUCAACAAUCACAGCAACAAUCAAUCAUUCAUUCAAUCAAACAUUUAAACGAUUAUGCGUGCAUCAUCAUCAUCAAACUACACAAAAGGCAUUUAGGUGUGAAUGGGUUUCGUGUUUUUUUUAUUAAGAAGCAAAACCAUAUUAUAUUGAAGUAUAAACCAUUAAAUUUUAAUAUGUUCAACUAAACACUGCUAUCAACCCUUGAGAUAUACAUAAAUACAUAAAUAUUUUUUGUAUACUUUGUAAAAUAUGUGACACGUAAUCCAAAUAGCAAGCAAAUAAAUAACCAAAAUAAAA